GACGCGCGUAAAGUUGUGUUGACAGGGGCGGCGGCAGCGGCAGGAGUUGUCAAAGGAACAGCAGCAACCAGCCUCAACGGACCCGAAUGGAGUAAAGUCAAAUCUGUCAUUUUAGACCGCGUUUGUGUUAUAGCUUCCACGCGCUUUUACACACCACUGAGGAAACAAACAUGGCUGACGAACAGUCCACCCAGUCCUGGACCAUUAACAGGGAUGACUACGAACUCAACGAGGUGAUAGGGAGUGGAGCCACUGCAGUUGUUCAGGCAGCAUACUGCAAGCCAAGAAAGGAGAAGGUGGCCAUCAAACGCAUCAACCUGGAAAAGUGUCAAACUAGCAUGGAUGAGCUCCUGAAAGAGAUUCAGGCUAUGAGCCAGUGCCACCAUCCAAACAUUGUGUCUUAUUAUACCUCCUUUGUGGUGAAAGAUGAACUGUGGCUGGUGAUGAAGCUGCUCAGUGGUGGCUCCGUGUUGGACAUCAUCAAGCACAUCAUCUCACGCGGCGAGCACAGGAACGGAGUGUUGGACGAGGCCAGCAUCGCUACGAUCCUGAAGGAAGUCUUAGAGGGGCUGGAGUACCUUCACAAAAACGGACAGAUUCAUCGAGACCUUAAGGCCGGAAACAUUCUUCUCGGAGACGACGGCUCAGUGCAGAUAGCUGACUUUGGUGUGAGUGCCUUUCUAGCCACAGGGGGCGACAUGACGAGGAAUAAGGUUCGGAAGACGUUUGUUGGGACGCCAUGCUGGAUGGCGCCGGAGGUCAUGGAGCAGGUUCGUGGCUACGACUUCAAAGCAGACAUUUGGAGCUUUGGGAUAACCGCUAUCGAACUGGCCACUGGGGCCGCGCCGUAUCACAAAUACCCACCAAUGAAGGUGUUGAUGCUGACUCUGCAGAACGACCCUCCUGGCCUGGAGACGGGUGUUGUGGACAAAGAAAUGGUGAAGAAAUACGGCAAGUCGUUCAGGAAGAUGAUCUCCUUGUGUUUACAGAAAGAUCCAGAGAAAAGACCAACGGCUGCUGAGCUGCUGAAGCACAAAUUCUUUACAAAAGCCAAGAACAACGAGUACUUGGAGGAAAAGCUCCUGAUGAAAGGCCCCACAAUAUCAGACCGAUCUAAAAAGGUGCGUCGCGUUCCCGGGUCGAGCGGCCGCCUCCACAAGACGGAAGACGGCGGAUGGGAGUGGAGCGACGACGAGCUGGAUGAGGAGAGCGAGGAGGGAAAAGCGGCCGUGGCCGCCCUUAGGUCACCCAGAGUGAAGGACAGCUCCCAAAACAUGGAGCUUUUCCCGCCAGCAGAUGGCGCCACCACGCAUCUGCAGCCGCCCGGAGCUGCACAGGAGAGACCAGCAAACCUGGCUGCAGCAGGAGACGAAGCUCCGCCGCCGCAGGCCGCCACCCAGCCGGCGAGCCCUUCGCACGGCGCCGCGGUUCAGGAUCCUGCAGCCUCCAGCGUUCCCAUCAGCCUCGUCCUCAGACUGAGGAACAACAAGAAGGAGCUCAAUGACAUCCGCUUUGAGUUCAUGAGUGGCAGAGACUCUGCUGAUGGCGUCUCUCAGGAGCUGGUCUCAGCCGGUCUGGUUGACGGGAGGGACUUGGUCAUUGUUGCUGCCAAUUUGCAAAAGAUUGUUGAUGAUCCUCAGAGUAACAAAAAUGUGACCUUUAAACUGGCGUCUGGUGUGGAGGAGUCCGAGAUUCCCGACGACAUCAAGCUGAUCGGAUUUGCGCAGCUCAGCAUCAGUUAAGUGGAGCAGAGUUGGCGAAAUAAGACUGAAACGUUUGGGUUUGCACAGCUGCAUUGUAGUCAACUCCAAGGACCCACUACUGCCAAAGAGAGAGGACUGAGGAUGAUGAGGAGGAGGAAGAGGAGUGAGGUUGGCAGGAGUGUGACUCUACUGCAGGAUGCACGAGGACCACACCAAGGCGCUCAGCUCAUCACAGGAACCACACUUGAAAUGUUUACAGUGCGCUUACAGAGUUUAACGGGAGAGAAAAAUGCAAUCAACUGUUAUCAGCUCCUAAUUCGUUUUCCUUUUAGUCCUCCUCUGCGUACACAAGCACAAUCCAAACCAUCUCCUGCCAGUACUGGAAACUGAUGGCCUUUUUUUAAUUUUAUUUAUUUUUUUCUCUCUUUUCUUUUCUUUUUCUUUUUUAAAAAUCAGUUUGUGCCACAAAGCUCGAGAGUUGUCGUGCCACCGUCACGCGGCGCUUUCUGCUACACUGAAACUGAACGUUCAGCCUUAGCUACCGUAAACUUCCCUCUCCCCCCAAGUGUUCGGUAAACAAAGAAAUCACUUUCUUCAUAAAAAAAUAAUAUAUCAAAGAAAUCUAAGAGUGUCCCUCGAAGUUCGAUACUGUACCUCAACGCAUCGUAGCAAAGUUCUCUGAUCCGGACUCCUGUACGAAGCGUCAGAAAUGGUGUAAAGAAUCGGAAAACAUCAGCGAGGAUUUCUGCACUGUUAAAACUAUUCUCAUGUGAGCAGCAGCGGCUUCAAUUCUUUUCUUUAUCUUUUUUAUAAACUACUUUAUCCACUGGUAUUUUCUGAUGUAGUGCACACAGGUUUAUUUUCUCUCACUGAGCUCUGCCUAAUAUUCUUCUACUAUGCAAUAGUGCAGUUUAUUUCAUCAUAUUUCACCACCGGUUGCUACUUUGGUUUUGCAAAAAAAAACAACUUGCUAUUUAUUUUAUUAAUUUUUUUUUUGGUUUGUUUUGGUGCGUGCGCCUCCAAAAAGGAGUUCAUCAAAGGUCAACCAGCAGAACUAGAAAUAUCUUUAGGAACCUGCUGCAGAAAGUUACAUUACUAAAAACCCGACUCAUCAACAGUUUGACCUGUAGGAUGAUUGGUUUCCUUUUUCUUUUUUUUCUUCCUGUAAGAAAUAAUUCAGCCUUGUGGCAACUGAUGACCUGACAGCUGCAGAGAAUCCUGAAUGCUGGUGACGGGUGUGGAGUCCGAGCCGACUCAUGUUACACACUGACUACGAGUGAACUUCUGUGGAGGCGUGCAUGCUCAAAAACUGGAAAUGUUCUUCCAAAGUCAAAUAAAGCUUAUAGGGGCAGCUUACUCUCA